AUGGCCAUCUGGGGUAUGAUCAGUGCCUUGCAAGCAACAACUCAUUCCUUUGUGGGAGAACUUCUCUGCCGCUUGUUCCUGGGUGCUGCAGAAGCGCCGUUCUUCUCCGGCUGCAUUUUUUUGAUGUCAAGUUGGUACAGAGCAGAUGAGCUCGCUCAUCGUAUUGCAAUCUUGUACACUGGUGUUGCAAUGGCAAACAUGUUCGGCGGUCUCAUCGCAGCUGGUGUGCUGUCCGACUUGAAUCCUGCCCACGGUAUUGCUGGUUGGCGAUGGCUCUUUAUCAUCGAGGGUGCCGCAACCUCCGGAAUUGCUAUCAUUGCUGUUUUCUUCAUGCCCGACUACCCAGCCACAACCCGAUGGCUCAAGACCGAAGAAAAGCAUUACGCCCAGUGGAGGCUUGCUCAAGACGUUGCUGGGGAGCAAGAUGACCGCAAUGCGAUCACGUGGAAACAAGCACUCAAGAUGGCAUUCUCAGACUGGAGACUUUAUCUCUUCAUGCUAAUGCAUCACUCAAACCUUCUGGCUCAGUCUUUCACCUAUUUCUUCCCCACGAUCGUUAACAGCUUGGGCUACGGAAAGAUCGAAACCCCAUUUCUAACCGUGCCCGUCUGGUUCGCAACACUCCUUGCAACUCUUCUCGUCUCUUACCACAGCUCCAAAACUCGAGAGCGGAGCUUCCACAUUGCGGCGUGUAUGCUUGUUGGUGCACUCGGCAACAUACUCGUCAUCACAACUCAUGGCGUUGGUCCCCGGAUGUUUGCGAUGUACUUGAUGCCUAUCGGUAUCCUUCCUCCAUUUCAAAUGAUUCUCGCUUGGAUCACUUCGUCCUUUCCACGUCCGCUGGGCAAGAGAGCUGUGGUUGUAGCUACUUGUGGUAUGUUCGGAAACGCUGCAGGGAUCUAUGGCUCCUACAUGUACCCUCCGAGUGAUGGCCCUCAGUAUGUACCAGCUGGUAUUGGAUUGGCGGUUGUCUGUUGCUUUUGUGCGACCAUGGCUAUUGUGAUCAGAUUCGUAUUGAAGAGGGAGAACAAAAAGCUCGAGAAGCAGGAGCAAGAGCAAGGAUUAAGGGCCGGUUUUCGAUACAUCCUUUGA